AUGGCCAAAUAUGAUCUGAAUUUUCUCCGGUCGAUAUUGAUCCACCCUCGGAAACCCCUCCGCGGACAACGGAUCGGCCAGAGUCGCCAUGUCAAUACCAGAAAAUCACCACCCAGUGUCGAGGAUCCCGAUUUUGUCUCAAUAGUUGAUGCCCCUCCGCGGAUCGUGAGAGUGGGACAGAAGCAUAACAAGCUGGGCAUUGCAAUCCUUGCUAUUAUUCCGGUCACGGCAUUCGGCUUAGGUACCUGGCAGAUCCAGCGCCUAGAUUGGAAAACCAAACUGCUCGCAAAGUUCGAAGAUCGACUGGUCCGCCCUCCAUUACCUCUCCCCCCUCGAAUCGAUCCAACUGCGAUCCAUGAGUUUGAUUAUAGAAGAGUCUACGCUACAGGAAGGUUUAGGCAUGAUAAAGAGAUGCUAAUUGGCCCACGAACGCAGGAUGGUAAAGAUGGAUUUCUAGUCGUUACCCCUUUAGAGCGAGAAGGUGGGAGCACGAUCCUUAUCAAUCGUGGAUGGAUCAGCCGGGAAAUGAAGUUUCAGCAAGACCGAGAUCCUUCAUCUUUGCCCACAGGCGAAGUCACUGUCUCAGGUCUCUUACGCGAACCUUGGAAAAAGAAUUUUUUCACACCCAGCAAUAAGCCUGAAAAGGGCAAAUUUUACUUUCCGGAUGUUGAGGAGAUGGCCAGCGUUGCGGCAGCAGAUCCUGUAUGGAUAGAAGAGACCAUGACGCCCGAUCUAUUGGUCAGCUAUGACCGACAAAAGAAAGGAGUCCCCAUUGGAAGACCGGCGGAAGUCCAUCUCAGGAAUAAUCAUUUACAGUACAUAUUCACUUGGUAUUCGCUGUCUGCCGCCACAAGUCUCAUGUUGUGGAUGCUACUUCGAAAGAAGCCCGUGGACAGAAGCCGACGAGUUCGACAUGUGACGAACUGGUAA